GUCCUCUUUAUUAAUUAUUAUAUUUACUCUCCAUUAUACUUCAUCUAAAGUUUUUUUUCCUUUAUUUUAUUGAUUUUUAAAUUCAAAAAGUAAAAAAGAUAAACUUGGUAGCUAGGGGAAAUCGGGCCGACAACCCAAGCUUGAGUGGCUUCGCCCUUGAGCCCGCUUAUAUAUAGAUGACAGAUUCGCGAGAUUGUUAUUCUUCUCCUUUUUCUUUUUUACCUAUAUCUUCCUUCUUCUAACCCCGGCUCAGAGUUCUAUCCAAUCGCCAUAUUCAGCCAAAAAAGGGCAGCCAAAAAAGGGCAAUCAAGCAUGGAUCUAACUGAUCUACGAUUUACUGCUGGAUAUACCGAAGAGGGAGCGACUUAUUGGUAUGGCGAUUAUCUAGAAGGGCUACCGAAACCUUCCUCGGGUCCUUAUUCAAGCGUCGGCAUUGAUUACAAGAAGGAGAUCACCUAUGGGAUGGGAGGCGUCGCUGAUUUAGUGAAAACCAUCCCUUAUUAUAGGACCUCUCUGAAGGAAGGAGAAUUAAUCAACGCUGAAUCCCUUAGGAAAGAUCAAGUGCUACGUGGCUUGAUACCCGUCUAUUUCGACGUUCUUCAUUGUGAUACUACCUGUAUAGAUCUGGGGCCCCCAUCUUUUGCUUUUCACUACAAAGGAGGAGGGAUUUUGUUGGCUGUUAAUCAUCCGCGGGCUAGCAAGGAUGACUGUGGACCAGGGUCACCGUCAGGCUUUCCAUCUGAGUCGUCUGAGUCUGGGAAAUUUGAGUUGCCACAGAAUGUAACUGAUAUUUCUUCUCACAUCAUUGCCACUAUUUCGGGAAAGCUUGAGGACUGCGAAUUGUUGCUCAAAGAACUCAAGAUGAAGUGUUCUGUACCUGAAGGAGAGGAGAGAAAGAUUUCUGUUGUUGAGGUAUCACUGUUGAUGGCCGAUAUUCUAGCAUAUCGUCGUGAAGUGGGACUGGUUGCUGGGUGGGAUGAAGAAUCAGGUGCUGAAUUGUGUCGCGUGGAUGGUAUGGGGGUAGUAAUCAAAGGGAAAAGAUUUGCCUCUGGUUCUGCACUUGUAAAGACGUAUCAUAAUAUGGAAAGAUAUGGCGGGUAUUCCAGUUGGGAUUUUCGUACCGCUGCCAAUUCGAUCAUAGAUGUUGCAAACAGGACUAGGAAAGGUCCAAAGAAAGUGAUUGCUCAGCUUGGUAGUCUUGGUGAAGAUUUUGUGAGUGGUAUGUGACUCUCUCCAUGCUACUUUCUUCAUUUUAACACAAAAAUGAAGAAAGCAACAUGGGCCUCACUUAACUUGGCAAUCAUUUUUUAAGUGAAGGUCAUUUUCCACCUAAUUUUUUUCCUCACUUGGGUGCAUUCCUUUUGUGUUAUGUUUUUCUCAGUGUACCACAUAGGACAUCAUGGGUGGCAGGUGCUCUAUGGCGGUGAGAUGGAGGUGCAAAAAUGCUUGCCAGAGUGUGGCUUUUGUCGAUCCCAUAUUACCGGAGAGCUUGUAUUUUAGGACCAUGACUUGGAUCAUUUCAUUCUGUUUUUUUUUUUUUUUUGGGGUUUGAAUUUAUGUAUUUGGGUGGACUUUUAAUUUAAGUUUCUUUGAACAAAAGAAUACUUUAGUUUUUAUAUUGUCUCUUGACUUGUGCUCGAGACCGUAGAAGGUUUGAAUCUGACUGAUCUUUUUUAGGGUUUUCUAUUGCCUUGUUGGUAAGGGGGUAGCAUUUUUAACCUUCAUUGCUUUUGGUUUGAAAAUGAGAUAUGUAUAAAGUUGGGACAUCCUGGAUUUGCUUUGCUCUAGUACCUUCUGAGUAUGGGAAAAUGCGGUAAAGGGACAAUAAGCAUCAGGUUCCGUUUGGUUAGAUUGAAUUGCAAUUGAAUUGAAGUUACAAUACUAUUAAAUUGAAAAUGAGAUAU